GGUUUUUAUAAUUUCGAUCGCAUUUGUGAAAAUGUGCUUUAUCCAUAAAUCCUAAUUUCUCCACUCCACACCCACAGUCGUUCUUCAUUGCGUUCUCAAUUCUUAUCUUAUCACAUUUCACCAAAAACAUUCGUUACUCGAGGCUGGAUUUCCUCGUCAAGACACAGACAAAAGACAUCGAAAUUGUUCAGAAUUUCGAAAAGACAACGAAGAAAAGAAGUAAGAAUUGGUGUGGUAGAGCUUCUGUUAGGCUAGAAGGAGAGAAUAAUCACCACCUCUCAACAAGCGGGUGAGUCGUGGUGAAGAAGUCGAUCUAGGAACUGCCGGUCAGGACCUAUUCGGAGAAAGAGAACUUGCAGCUGGCCUGCAUUUGAACACCGGCGAUAACAGAACAUCGGUACAGAAGCACGAGUUCGGAAACAAGGAGUUGUAAAAUCAGCAAUUAGAUCGGAAAAUGGAUAUUUCCUGACACGGUAGUACCAUCUAACGAUUACUCGUCGCCUACUUCUCAUGGAUCUGGAGAUUCACACCCUUAAACAGAAUCAAAGAACUCAACGUCGUGAAUACAAAUUUGUUCUACGAUACCGAAAGAUCUUGACUACUUCAACCCAAUCACCGAGCAAGUUUCCGAGAAUAUGAAAAGCUAUUUUAAGCAUCUUUUACCACCUUCGAUUCCACAAGCGGGGUCAAAAUCCCGAUCCCAGUCCCCAUCCAGGUCUCGAUCUCACACUUCAUCCGAGAAAAAGCCUGAGAUCAAGUCCAAGCCAAAAUCUCGAAUGGAGCCUCAAUCUUCAGUCCAUAAGGGCAGAGCGGCUUCAUCUCGCCCGCGUACCUCGCGAUCAAAAGCUACCUCAAGCAGUUCUUCCAGUUCUAACUCGACUUUAACGUCUGACGAGCUCACGGCUCAGAGACUUCAAGCUGAAUGGGACCGCGAGGAUGAUCUUAUUCAGUUACAACUGCGAUUUGCACGCAAUCUGGAGACUCGAAGCCCUUCGCCGUCUCAAUUUGAACUCGAUAGAAUAGAGGCGCAAAGAUUGCAAGCUCAAAUUGAAGAAGAGCAAGCUGCUUCUGACGCAAGACGGGCCGCACGUCUUGAGAGGGAAACGGAAGAAGCUAUCAGAAUUGCUACCGAGUGGGAGAAUGAGGAUAGUCAUGCUGCCGCUUUGCAACGAGAGUGGGAAGAGCAAGAAAGGAGACUUGGUGAGCAGGAGGAUCUUGCGAGGAUCUUGCUUCGAAGGGACGAGGAAAGGGCCGCUUCGCUUGAAAGAGACUUAGCUGCAGCGCAGGCCGCUCAAGCUCAAUGGGAACAAGAAGUCCACCAACAGGAGGAGGAGACCAGAAGAGUGUCAGAGGAUGAGGAGAAAAGGGAAAGACAGGCAAGGAGAAGACGAGAGACAAGAGAAGCUGCCGAAGCAGAGCGGAAGGCUGAAUUAGAGAAAGAGAGGGCAGCUCGCAAGGAGGCUGAGAAGAAAGUGAGACUUGAGACAGAGCGAUUGCAACGACAACAAGUUGAGAAGAAAGCUAAAUUGGACCGAGAGCACCGAAUAAAUGAGGAUGCUGCGAAAAAAAUCCAAGUAGAAGCCCAGAAGAAAGAAAAGUUGCGCGUUGCCGAUUCUAAGAAAGCGCGUGAGUUAGCUGAAAAGGAAAAACAGCGGGUCGCAGAUGCAAAAAAGGCACGCGAGUUAGCUGAAAAGGAGAAGAAGGCAAGACAGGCAGACUGUGUGUCAUGUAUGGAGGUGGGAGAAAAGGUCAAGAUGUGCGUACUGUCCUGCAAGCACGCCUAUUGUGGAGAAUGUAUCGCGGGUGCCUUCCAAUCUGCUCUUUCAUCUAAGACACGAUUCAAGUGCUGCAAGGUGAAUGUCGUGACCAACCUCGCUUCUCGCUGGCUCGAUGCAACUUUCAUCAGUUCCUACAAGAUGAUGAUUCUCGAGCAAACUACCAAGGAUCCUCGUUACUGCUCCAGCAAAGAAUGUGCUAAAUUCAUCCCACCAGCGAACAUACAUGGGACCAUUGCAAUUUGCCAAGCAUGCAAGCACCGCACAUGUGCACCUUGCGGUAAUGAAGAGCAUCCCGGAGUUUGUAAAGAGGAUAAGGAGGGUCUAGCAGUACAGGCUUUGGCGGAGAAGGAGGGCUGGAGAAAUUGUCCUAGGUGUAAAUUCGUCAUUGAAAAGAACGAAGGUUGCCUACACAUGACUUGCAAAUGUCUGUUUGAGUGGUGUUGGGAAUGUAAGAGAGAGUGGAACGAGUGCAAGAGCACUUGCAAGAGAGAAUGACGUUGUGGUGAAUAUUUGAGAAGAUAAAAGAAGCAUCAGAUUGAUCCACAUAGUUAGAGUACUCCUUAAGCAAUACAUUGUCCCAAGUUCUCAAAGUUCUUUCCGUAAGCUCGAAAGUAUAUGACACUCGCGUGCA